GGUGUACUAAGUACAACAAGGACGAGGUUAAAACCAAGAUAGACACAGAUAUGUUAUCUUCUCAGUUUUUUUGCCAAGUCGACCAAGAAGUAGUUCAUCUCACAAACGAGUUUGUUUCUCGGGCCUUGGAACAACUUGGUAACAAAGCUGAUUUCAGCCACAUAGUGUAUGAAGUACUGAAGCAUGCACAUGGUAUGGAGGUGGACGAUGACGAGGUCGCGGCUCCAUUAUUCAGUGGCCUCCAUCUAUGGCAUGACCCCAUGGCACGCACCCACUUAGCCAAGUACCACUUAAAGGAUCUUUACCAGAAAUAUGCAACCAGUCAUGUUGGUAUAAAGAGUCCAUCAAAUACAGACACUUCAAUAAAUGAAAAAUCAGUAUCAUCAUAUUUGACUGAAAUAGCUGAAAGUCCAAAACUACAAGCUCGAAACUCAUCAGUGGUUUCUCCAAAAUCAACAGAUAUAAAUGCUUGUUCGAAUGAUCAAUCCACAUUCCCACCAUUAUCUGCCUUCCUCCAGUUCAUUAAAGAUGUUGAAGCAAACCAACUUCCAAAUCAUGCUUUGCCGGGAAAAUCACCUCAAUCCGUAUUGGGCGUGGUGAAGUCGUGUAUGCUGCCAACUACUAUUGAAACUGUGCCUUCCCCCGACUCUGCAGACAGCGAUUACAUUGUUUAGGUCGCUGUACUUACUGUUAUUAUAAAAGUUUGAAAUGUGUGCAAUACAUCAGUGCUAAAUUUAUGUAAACCCCUAUGCCAGUUUGAAUUACAUGAUUUAUUAACAGUGCCAAUUUAAUGCAAAAAUUACUCAUUGUGCAAUCACUUUUUUACAUUUUACCUCAAAGAAAGUGUCAUUGUACUAUUUACUGUGAAUACGAUAAAUGCUUAAUUAAUAAAAUUCAGUUUGAAUUACAUGAUUUAUUAACAGUGCCAAUUUAAUGCAAAAAUUACUCAUUGUGCAAUCACUUUUUUACAUUUUACCUCAAAGAAAGUGUCAUUGUACUAUUUACUGUGAAUACGAUAAAUGCUUAAUUAAUAAAAUUGAUUACUAAAG